UCUCUAUAAACAACAGAGAAGAAUAUUCUGCAGCGUCUAACUAGGAUCUGAUCUGCUGCAGGAUGGACUGAUUCCCUGAUCUCCUGAUCUUCUGUUCACAAUUUGCUCUCAGAAUCUCUGAAUCUCCACAAACCCAAGAAAUAUCACAGGAUCUGUUCACAAUGUCAGAAUCAGGAGAGAUUAAAUGUGAGAGCUUGGAGUGUAAUAUAUCCAGUUCUUCAAAAACAUCUUCAGAUCUUUUCCAUACGAAUGAAUCUCUAGGACAAACCCAAGAAAACUCCUGCUCAGUUUGUGGGAAGAGUUUUACAGCUCCGAGUUAUCUCCAGAAACAUCAGCGAAUUCAUACCGGAGAGAAACCCCAUUACUGCUCAGAGUGCGGGAUGAGUUUUAGACUAAAGAUUCACCUUCGAAAACAUCAGCAAAUUCAUACUGGAGAGAAACCGUAUCAGUGCCCAGAGUGUGGGAUGAGUUUUCGAGCCAUUGGCACCUUCCAAACCCACCAGCGAAUUCACACCGGAGAGAAACCGUUUCAGUGCGCAGAGUGUGGGCAAAGCUUUAGAGAUGGCAGUACCCUCAAAAGACACCAGCUAAUUCAUACUGGAGAGAAACCGCAUCAGUGCUCAGAGUGCGGACAGAGUUUUAGAGAGAGUAGCACUCUCAAAACACACCAGCGAAUUCACACUGGAGAGAAACCCUAUCCCUGCUUAGAAUGCGGGAAGAGUUUCGGAGUACAGAGUAAUCUCCAAACGCACCAGCGAAUUCACACUGGAGAGAAACCGUUUCGCUGCCCGGAGUGUGGACAGAGUUUUAGAGUCAAGGCUCAACUUCAAAAACACCAUCAAAUUCAUACUGGAGAGAAACCGUAUCACUGCUCGGACUGUGGGAUGAGUUUUCGAGCGAUUGGCACCUACCAAAAGCACCAGCGAAUUCAUACCGGAGAGAAACCGUAUCGCUGCUCAGAGUGCGGACAGAAUUUUAAAGAGAACGACGCCCUCAAAAGACACCAGCUAAUUCACACUGGAGAAAGACCAUGUCAGUGCUCAGAGUGUGGGAAAAACUUCAGAGACAAUAUCGCCCUCAAGAUGCAUCAGAGAAUUCAUACUGGAGAAAAGCUCCAUCAGUGCUCAGAAUGUGGGCAGAGUUUUAAAGAGAGUGGUGCUCUCAAAACGCACAAGCGAAUUCAUACCGGAGAGAAACCGUUUCAGUGCACAGAGUGUGGGAAAAACUUCAAAGAGAAGGGAACCCUCAAGAUACACCAUAGAAUUCAUACUGGAGAGAAGCCGUUUCAGUGCUCUUACUGUGGGAAGAACUUCAGAGAAAAGGGAACACUUACGAUACAUCAGCGAAUUCAUACUGGAGAGAAACCGUAUCAGUGCUCAGAGUGUGGAAAGAGUUUCAGAGUACAGGGUGAUUUCAGAAAACACCAGAAAAUUCACACUGGAGAGAAACUGGAUUCAUGUUAAGAGUGUUGGAUUAAAAAAAGCAUUAAAUAGGAAAAUAAAAGCUUAAUCAUGCAAAACAGCUCGUUGCACCAAUGCACAGUGGGGGAAAUCCCAUGGUGUAUUAUUGUGAAUAUAAUGUAAAGUAUUGAACAUAUUGUGUGGAAAUGUGUUUAAUUUGUUUUUUGUCUAGUUCAAACAUGAAAUCAGCUUAUCUCAAUACAGGAAGAGAUAAAAGAUGAGAAAGUGGAGACCUCUGGAGAACUUUGGGUUGGAGUUCGGACACUUUCAACUAGUCGUAGUCCUAUCAGGAGAGUCAAGAAGAAGAGAUAACCCAGUUAAAGGAGAACUCUGGUGUGAAAUGGACUUAUGGGUGUAUUUAUUAAAACGUGAUAAAAAGUACUUAAAUUUGUUGAUUAGCUCUCCUCCGCUCUCCUGCAGCUUUCUGACAUCCAGUAUUUUGUGCUCUUUACCCAAACAGGCUUUAGAAUGAGUGAUACAUUGUUUUUUACACCGUUAUUCAGCUCAAAGUAGUUUCACAACUGACAUUUAAAAAACGCAGUUUACAUCCCAUAGCGUAGGUAAAUCUCCGGGCGCCGUAAAUUUAAGUUACAAUAAAUCAACCGUCGAGCACGAGAACGAAUAGUUAAAUAUUUUGAGCGAUGUUUAUGCCAUUUGUUGUUGGUUCUUUGCAUUCUAAUAUCAGCAGUAACCAGUUAUUUUAUAUAUUUUCAGCAACAGCUGGAAUUCAUGCAUUUCCAAGCAAUUAAUUUUGCAAUAAACUUUUUUUCUUGUCCUCGACGGUUGACUUAUUGUAACUUAAACUCAAGAUGGCGGUGCACUGAGAUUUACCUACGCUAUGGGAUGUAAACAGUGGUUUACUGUGCACUUUUUAUUAGGGGUGUGACGAGAUCUCGCGAGAUUAAAACGUGACGAUAUUUCUCGUCAAGCUUAAACCUGUCUCACGGGAAAAAAAAAGUUUAGUGUGGACUUUUUUACAGGGAUCUGGCAACCCAGUAGUGAUAGCAGCGAGUGUGGUGGCUGAGCAGUGAGAGCAGCUCUCAGCAGAAGAGGAAAAUUCAGGUAUUUGUAUAGAAGAUGCUUCUGCUACUUUUAAGUUGUAUGUCUGGCUGCAUUUUGGCUCCAGUGGAAACAAUAAACGGUAACAGAGUGACCAACAAGAUACAAACCAUAUAUAAAUACUGUAAGUAAAUCCUACACGUGACUGUUUCAUAGACAGCUGUACUAAUCCCUUAGCUCUGUACUGUAUUAAAAAACAUGUUCUGUCUCUGUUUCACUUCAAUCAUAGUCUUAAUAUGACUGGUUGUGGUUUGCACUUAUUGUUUACACUAUAUAAGACCUAGAAAAGUUUGAUUUUUAUUUUUCAUUCUUAUUUCUAUUUCUAUUUCUUAUAGAAUCAGUGUGUGAGAGAAACCAGUCGAUAGUUUUUUUUCAAAUAAAACUCAAGUUUUCAAGCUAUUUUUCAUUUUUUUAAUGUUUUCUUUAAAAUUUUAUUUUUAAAUCUCUUCUCGUUCUCGUGAACCCAAUAUUGUGUCUCGUCUCGUGAUAUUAGUGUCUCGUCACACCCCUACUUUUUAAGUUAUUAAUGCCUUGUUUUAAAUAUCAGGACUCUCCGGAUUCUACCAAUGAGAAGUGUGGAGCUACUUUGAGCUGAAUAACGGUGUAAAAAGUGAUUUAUCUGCAGGGUAAAAUAUGCCCCAUAUCACUCAUUCUAAAGCCUGUUUGGGUAAAGAGCAGAAAAUACUGGAGGUCAGAAAACUGCAGGAGAGCGGAGGAGAGAUACUCAACUAAGAUAACAACUUUUAUCAUGUUUUAAAACACAGAAGUUCUGCUUUUAAAGGGAGGAAAUUCCAGGAUAUUUAUAGGAUGUUAGAUUGGAAAUGGGAGGAGCUUCAGAAAACACUAAAAAAAACAAGGUCCCAGAGAUUUUCUGUAAUGCCCAUCUCUUUAUCUCUUUUAGGCAUGCACAGAGAAUGUAUUUUUUCAAAAUGUUAGAUUUGUGGAUCUAGACAAAAUACUGUACUUUACUAAUAUAAUAUUAAACAAAACCAGAUUUGUUGA